CUAGUAUCUCAAACACAACCAUGGACAUAUUCAUACCUUACCUCUUCAUCUUCCUCCUCCUCCCCUUCUUUAUCUACCUCAUCAUAUUCUUCCAAAAGGAGUCCUUCGACGAAACCAAAAACCUUCCCCCGGGCACCAAUGGCUGGCCUAUUUUCGGCGAAAACAUCGAGCUCGGCCUUCUCGGUUUCUCCAAAUUCGUGCGCGACCGAAUGGAGAAAUACUCCACCGAUGUAUUCCGCACCUCACUCCUCGGCGAAAAAGUCGCAGUCUUAUGCGGGGCACAGGGCAAUAAGAUGAUCUUCACCAACGACGGGAAGCUCGUGACGCCUUGGCUACCCUUAUCCCUCAGAAAAAUCAUCAUCCCCGACUUCGACCUCGACUCGUCCUACAAAGAUGCCGUGAGCCUCUUCCGCAACUUCCAAGACGACCUCCUCAAGCCGGAGGCCCUCCGCCAAUACAUCCCGGUGAUGGACGCCAUGGCCCGCGCCCAUCUCCGCGGUGACGGGUGGAAGCCUCACUCAACCGUGAAGGCUCAGCCACUGAUCAGCAAGUACAUCUUCGAGCUAGCGUGCAGGCUGUUCCUCAACGUGACGGACCCCGAGAGCCUGCAGAAGAUCUCGGGGCCGUUCGCCCCGAUGAGGAACGGGAUGAUGUCUCUGCCGAUUGAUCUUCCAUGGACGGCUUAUGGCCGUGGGAUCAAGGCCGGGAAGACGGUGAGAGAGGAGAUGGCGAAGAUCGUGGAGGCGAGAAGGGAAGAGAGGGGUGGAGAGGUGAGGGAUUUGUUGUCGAAGUUGCUGGAGUUGAAGGAUGAGGAAGGGAAGUGUUUGAGUGUGAAUAAGAUUGCGAAUUUCUUUGUGGGUUUGAUGGUGGCUAGUUUUGACACCACUGCUUCUUCGGCCAUUUCGGUUGUGUUCUUUCUUGCAGAGUUUCCACAUGUGUAUGAGGAGGUUCUCAAAGAACAAAAGGCGAUUGCGAAAUCCAAAGCCCGCGGUGAGAAUCUAACGUGGGAGGAUAUCGAAAAGAUGAAGUACUCAUGGAACGUUGCACGUGAAGCGAUCAGGAUAGUGCCAUCUACACCGGGAACAUUUAGGGAAGCCAUGGCCGAUAUCUCCUUCGCAGGUUUCACCAUUCCUAAAGGAAUGAAGAUGUUGUGGACGCCGCACUCUUCCCACAACAACCCUGAAUACUUCCCGGAUCCGGAGAAGUUUGAUCCAUCGCGGUUCGAGGGGAGUGGGCCGGCGCCCUACACAUUCGUCCCGUUUGGAGGAGGAGCGAGAAUGUGCCCCGGGAGAACCUAUGCUAAACUUGCAAUAUUAGUGCUAGUGCACAAUUUGGUAACAAAGUUCAGAAUUGAAAAGGUUAUCCCUCAUGAGAAGAUGAUUUCGAAAUUUGCGGCUAAGCCUAGUCAUGGCCUUCAUCUCCACCUUUGCCCUCAUUAGCCAAAUUGUCUUGAGUUAUUAAUCUUUUAAAGAAAAAAUAUAAGUAAUUAAGGAUUAAACCUCCUUAACUACAAAUAAAUCAAUUAUUUUAUCUAGUGUUAAGUUUGUUUGCGCGACUAUAUG